CUGCUGUCUUUUUAACCUUGCUGAAGGACGCAGCAGUAUUUAUUGACGUAUGCAAAUAACAGGGAGGAGGAGGAGGGUGUAGGGAAAAACAGGAACCAGAAUCAGUUUCUCAUUGCAGGGCGAGAGCUCUGAGUUCCGGUGUCAGAGAACGAGACGUGGCGAAAUUGCCGUAUAUUGCUGCCCUAUAAGCACAUCUUUCCUUUACACUGAAGGCAACCAAGGCAUCGGAAAGGCUGCGCAAACCAUGCAGGAUGAUUUACUGAUGGACAAAAGCAAAGCCCAGCCUCAGCAGCAGCGGCAGCAGCAAGACCCAAACGCAGCAGAAGCUUCUUCGACCCCCAUCACAUCAGAAACGCCCAAACCGGAGGACAGCAGCCCAGUGACUAGCAUUGGCUCAGCAGCUCCUGCCCAAAAUAGCAAAGAGAAGAUGCAGAUGGAGCCCCCCAUCUUGCCAGGCUUGAGUUUCCACCAGCCUCAGCAGGAACCUACCGCUGGCACCUCCUUGUCUCCGUCCUUCGGAAGCACCUGGUCCACUGGGACCACAAACACAGUGGAUGAUAGCUUUUUCCAAGGGAUUACGCCGGUCAACGGGACCAUGCUUUUCCAGAAUUUCCCCCACCAUGUCAACCCUGUCUUUGGAGGCACUUUCUCCCCCCAGAUUGGCCUAGCAGCCCAGACUCAGCACCAUCAGCAGCAGCAGCAACAGCAGCAGCAAGCCCAGCAACAGCAAAGGAGAUCCCCAGUCAGCCCGAACCAGGCAUCCUUUGCCCAGAGGAAUGCUGCUUAUAGCCAUCAGCCUAUCAUGACCAGCAAACCUUCCUCCUCUUCAGCCUCCACUUCUUCCCCUUCCAGCUGGAAUAACCAUCAAAAUGCAGCCUGGAGCACACCUUCCAACCCUUGGGCUGGGCUGCAAGCUGGACGGGACCCACGAAGGGCGGUUGGGGUUGGAGUGGGUGUCGGAGUGGGGGUGGGGGUGCCCUCUCCACUCAACCCCAUUUCACCCCUCAAAAAGCCCUUCUCCAGCAAUGUUAUUGCCCCGCCGAAGUUCCCACGGGCGGCUCCCCUAACCCCUAAAUCUUGGAUGGAAGACAACACCUUCAGAACGGAUAAUGGCAACAAUCUGUUGCCUUUUCAGGACCGGAAUCGGCCCUAUGAUACUUUUAACUUGCAUUCUUUGGAAAACUCAUUAAUGGAUAUGAUAAGGACUGAUCAUGAGCCUCUUAAAGGUAAACACUACCCUCCCAGUGGCCCACCAAUGAGUUUCGCUGAUAUAAUGUGGAGGAAUCAUUUUACAGGUCGUAUGGGUAUAAAUUUUCAUCAUCCGGGAACAGACAACAUUAUGGCUCUCAAUACCAGGAGUUAUGGACGGAGACGAGGUCGGUCUUCCCUCUUUCCUUUUGAAGAUGGUUUCUUAGAUGACAGUCAUGGUGACCAGUCUUUAUCAUCAGGUCUCAGUUCUCCAACCCGCUGUCAGAAUGGGGAAAGGGUGGAACGCUACUCUAGGAAGGUGUUUGUUGGAGGUCUGCCUCCCGACAUUGAUGAAGAUGAAAUUACUGCCAGCUUUCGUAGGUUUGGACCUCUUGUGGUGGACUGGCCUCACAAAGCUGAAAGCAAGUCCUAUUUUCCACCUAAAGGUUAUGCCUUUCUGCUAUUCCAGGAAGAAAGUUCUGUGCAAGCUCUCAUAGAUGCCUGUCUGGAGGAAGAUGGGAAACUUUACCUGUGUGUAUCAAGUCCUACUAUCAAGGACAAACCAGUGCAAAUACGACCUUGGAACUUAAGUGAUAGUGACUUUGUAAUGGAUGGUUCUCAACCUUUAGAUCCCAGAAAAACUAUUUUUGUUGGAGGAGUUCCGCGACCCCUUCGAGCUGUUGAAUUAGCAAUGAUUAUGGAUCGUUUGUAUGGAGGAGUCUGCUAUGCUGGCAUUGAUACAGACCCAGAGCUGAAGUACCCAAAAGGUGCUGGCAGAGUGGCUUUCUCCAAUCAACAGAGUUAUAUUGCUGCUAUUAGCGCACGCUUUGUCCAGCUCCAGCACAAUGACAUUGAUAAACGGGUGGAAGUGAAGCCAUAUGUGCUUGAUGAUCAGAUGUGUGAUGAAUGCCAGGGCACUCGCUGCGGUGGGAAAUUUGCUCCGUUCUUCUGUGCCAACGUGACCUGCUUGCAGUAUUACUGCGAAUACUGUUGGGCAAGCAUCCACUCUCGCGCUGGGCGGGAAUUCCACAAACCACUCGUCAAGGAAGGAGGGGAUCGGCCACGCCACGUUCCUUUCCGCUGGAGCUGAAGCCCGGGCAUCAACCCAGCAGCAAGUACUGGAGCCGACGACAUUGAAGGGAGAAGAGAGUGCUGCCUCAGGGCUUUAGUGUUCUGGAAAUCUGUGCAUUCAUCCUUGACUUUAAAGAAGAGAUGGGUCUUUUUAUUAUGAUUACUAUUACCAUUGUUACGAUUAUUAUUUACAGUCACAUUACUGAACUCGGUGUCCAGUAUAAUACAAACUUAGCGGAGUAUAACUGUACUGAUUUUGCACUUUGAUUCACAUCCACAUCUGCUUGGUACCUUAAACUUCUUACACGAGACUUGUCACGCUCGACAAUAAGUAGACUGCCAUUCUCAUUGGGCUCCACUAGGUUGAUGUCUAGAUGAUGAAGAUUAUUUUUUUAAAUUAAUUUUAUGUUGAAACUGGAGCAUGCACUUAUUUUCAGAAACUUAGAUUUGCCCCUCGCAGAUGACUUACCAAAGGUAACACUCACAAGCAGGUGGCAGAUGUAGCAAAAAAACAAAACAAAAAUAAAAAACCAAACAUGGAUAUUCAGCAAUCAUUAGUUUGGGUCACAUAGAGUAGGAACAACCCUAAAACAAAAAAAAGUCUUGCGUUGCUCUCCAUUUUUAUUGGUAAGGACGAUACCUCAUAAGCUGGAUCACAUCUUCUCCACCCCUUUCUUCCCGCCCCAUGUUUUGUUCCACCCCUUUUUCCUUUGCCGAGGGUUCCCUCUUUGGUUAGACCUGUUAGUGUUAUGUAAAUGUAUGCUGCAAUAGCUUUUGCUGCUAUUAAGAUGGUAUUACUGAUACCACCAUACUCUAUUCAAGCUAGGGUAUCGAUUUAAACGACAAUUAUGUGAUUAAAUAAAAAAUAGUGACGGCUGCUGAAAGGAGAUCAGUAUAUCAUUCAGAAAGCUUCCAAGGAAGGUCAACAGUUUUGACUGCAUGUUUACUUAAUCAGGUUGCUGCAUGCAAUAAAUUUUUUUAUAUAUGUCUAAUAUGAAAAUCAGCCCACCGUGCACCAAUUAAGAAUCUAUAUAGGCUACAAAGUACUCAGUAAAAUAAUUUAAACAACACACAGACACACACACACAGAGAUUACUGACUGGAGGAAGGCAUGCCUCAGUAAAUGUAAAUGCUUCUGAAAUUAGGAUCAGCCCAUUGCAGUAUGACCUAUAUUCCAACAAAUAUUUUUUUAAGGAAACUAGAUGUAGAAUAUCCUUCAAACAAAUUUGUGAAUGAUAGACGAAGUACUUUGCGGUGCUCUGUUAUAUAUUGUGCAAUUUAUUUUAUAUAGUAAAAGUGAUUAUGUCCAGUACUGUGAUCAAACUAUAACUGUUUAAGCCUCUCUGUGUCUAACAUUCACAUACUUCUGAAAGUGCAACAAGUGUUAAGGACAAAUGGACACUCACAACUUUAAAAGAAAAUGAGCUCUUCGUUCCAAUCUCAUAAGCGCUUGCACCGUUUGAUGUAGUGGCGACCCUUGUCCAGAAAACCAAAGAGCUCGUAACAGCAUAUGUACACUACCAAUGUCACUUGUAGGCCGGAAAAGAGAACUAGGCACAUUUAACGAAAAGUGAGAAAAAGUGGUGCUAAAGAAAUGUCUGCAUACAAAAGUUAACUCGCAAGAUGUCUGCUCUCUGGGUGAGACAUUUAAUUUCUUGAACCCUGGAUGUAUCCUGUGAAGCUUGAAUCUAUUUGAGAUCUACUCUAUAUAACAGUGGACAUUUUUUUAGCAUGUACUGUGGGGCUGUGCAAGACAAACACAUAGACACACAUGGGUGUGCUAAUUGUGAGAAUGUGUACACUAUUCUGGGUGUUUUUUGUUUGUUUGUUUGUUUGUUUGUUUGUUUCUUCGUUCGUUCUCUCCCCACCCUGUUUUUGUUUUUAAGUUCUGGGGACAAUCUAACUGGAUAUGGCACCGCAUCGUAGAUUUAAAUGUUCCGGUUUUGUGUGUUGUGAUGGCCUUGUUACUGUCUAACUUUGUACGUUUUCUUUUAAUGUUUAGUUGCAAUUAUUGGCUCUGAAAGAAAUUUUCUGAGUUUGAAAAAAAAUAGUUUUUUACUGGUUUAGAAAAUCAUGUUUAGUAUCCCUUUUAAAGUUUCUUCUGGGCAUUUUUGUGAGAUUGCUUUAUCCAGCCCAGCUGUCUUUCCUUCUGUUUGGGGUUUUUCUUUUCUUUUCUUUUUCUUUUCAUCUAUACGAGAUUUGUUAUGCACUACUUUUUGUAUCUAGACAGUUUUCAAUAGUUGGCAGAUUAUUCUUUUUUAAAAGAAAAAAAGGCAUGCUUUCUGACUGACAUUGAUCUUUUGCAAUACCUCAAUUUUGAAAUAAUAGGAAAGAAAAUAUUUUCUAAGUAAGUUUAUUCAGAAAAAAUAUAUAUAUUAAUUUAAUUCUGCAAGAAAAUGAUUUAACAGAUGGGUAACUUUAUUUUUUUCAUGCUUAUUUGCGUUUUUGAAAAUUAAAGAAGUUAGAGCUUUAUAACUGUAAUAUUGAAGAUCCUAGCUAACCUACAGAAGUCUACCUAAUUAUGUGAAAUGAGAGACGUUUUUGGAAGAAAUUUCCCACUUUCCAUGUACAAACAUCCUCUAGAAAGAGAGACGGGGGGAAAGCGAGCGAGUGAAAGAGAGAGAUGCUCGAAGUUACAUAGGUGUUAAGCUUGAAAUGAAUGAAUACAGCAUUGAAAGAUGUAAAACAAACAGCAUUGGUGCUGGGAGUUGUGAAUAGAAGGCAGAAAAAAAAACUAUUUUUCCCUUAAUUUGUAUAUUUAUAAUCAAAACAAUUAUGCACGACUGACCAGAAUUGUGAGAGUUCUUCUGUUUGUAUUUUUUAAAGAUAAUUUUUUAGUUUAUUAAAUUAUAACAUGGUCCCUUUUUUGUUUUGUAAAUGAAUGUGCCCCCUAAGUUGUUAAUAUGUUAUAUUAUUAUUAUUAUUAUUAUUAUUAUUAUUAUUAUUAUUAUUAUUAAAGAGGGUCCUUCAAGAAAAGAAGUUAUUUUUUAAAAUAAGGUGUUCUGAACUGCAACUUGACUAAGAAGCCCCCGGGCACAGGUCCUCUUGUGGCCUUCUCUUGAUGCGAGACUUGAACUAGUCGAUUUUUUUUGAAGGCGACUUAACCUCGACUCUUUGUUGUUAUGUGCAAUACUGUUUGUACUGUUUGUAUAAAAAAACCGAAAAAAAAUGAAAAGAAAAAAGGCAUAAAUCUUUAUUGCAGAUUUAUUUUCAUUGCAAACUUUAGACAUUGUGAUUCACUAAGAUCAUUUUUCUACUGUCAAAUAUGUACCUUUUCUUCAUGCUGGUAUUUUUUCAAUAGUAAUGUAGCCUUUGUACUGAGACAAAAUUUUCAUUGUUAUUUUUAGAAAGAUUUUUUGCUAAGAGAAAUUUAAACAUUGACAUAUUUUUCAUUUUUAUUUCAGAUUUUUUCUUUAAGGAGUGCUUUCUCAACCAUUAAUAUAGUUGUUUCUGGGAGAGACUUUCAUAUCUGGUCAAUGUCAUUAAUAUUAUUUUGUAUUUUUACUUGGAAUAAAUUAAUUUUAUGAUGCUAAUUCUUUAAAAGUUUAUUUUUUUCAUUUUCAGUUAUUUUUGAAGCUAAAAAAACCUUUGUAAUAUUGUUACUAAAGUGUCUAGUUUUUUGAAAUGCAAAGCUUUAUGUAUUAACUCGCUGAUGUGGUUUACAAUGGUGUGAAAAUGGUUGGAUAUGUGAAAUGAUUGAAAAAACUGUAAUGAAUAAUUGGGCAAUAAAAUUACAGAAUGAAGCAGGAAAUGGAUGUGAUAUUUUUGAGAAGCCUUUUUUCCUUUAUCGGAAUGAUUUAGGGAGAUAAUAGGGAUGUCACAGUACCAGUUCGCUGUCUAGAUUUAUACAACACCAAUGCUGAUAAAACACUAUUGCUGUUGUAAUGGACUCCAAUCUUUCGAAGUAACAGGCGCGCAACCUUUCCGGUUGAGCGUAACAUGAAUUUGCUUCCUCCCCACUUUUAUCAUAGGCGCUCUCAGCACUACGGGGGCCUCGUGGGGCAGCCACGAAUGGAGGUUACACAGCACUAAUGCUUGGCCAAUUCCCUGCCCCUACCCUGCUCAUACCCACCAUGGCAGUCUCUUUUGGACUGUUACGUUCACUCUCUCCCAAGUUUCAACGUGAUCUGCCAUGAUUUUAUUUAUUUACUCAUCUCCCCACCCCAUUCCCAUGCUGCAUUUCCAUGCACUUCUUUACGCGGUAACCCAGAACCAAUGGAGGGAGUUGUAUAGCGUCCGCAUAACGUUACCAUACGGUGUAAUUUACUGCAUAGUUAGUGCUAAAUAAUGCAUGCGUAGCGACCCUUAUGACUAUAUCGGAGCACUUUCGUCAAGCUUCCUUGUAUAUUCCUCCCUUUCUUUUUGAGUUUGUCCUUCGGCAUUCCAAGUGCAACGUCCGUUGCUGCUAUUGAAACACUGCUUCACUUUAUGUAGUUCAUCUCCCCCUAUGUUUGUCGAACCCCUACUGUUUUUGCUGCUAUCCCACCAGACCUUCUGUGCUGAAGCUAGAGAUACAACUGAUAUCCAUUCCUUAAGACCCCACAAACCAAACUGGUGUUAUAUAAACAGAACAUACAAUGGCCUUCCCUAGAUGCGUCCGUGCCCAGAGUUGGUCUCACAUUGGUUUCUACUGAAGGGAGGCAAUGUUUAUGAUCUCUUGUAGAAAUGUCUAGAGUUGGCCCAUUGUUGUCCUCUUUGUGUGUAAAGUUAUAGACAAAAAUCAAACUAGUGAGUAAAAUUUAGACUCUAAUUAGGUACUACUGGUUGGGAUGAACACAAAUUGUCAAAGUAUACUAGACGUAAAGGAGAAAAAAUUACAAAUUCCUGCAAAGUGGUACAAAGUGUGUUGCUUAGAUUUCUGUCUACACACUUGCCUUUUAGGAAGGCAGGGGCUAACAAGAAAAUUGUAUUACAAAUAUGCAGUUAGCAAAUUAACUUUGCUAAUUUCACUAUCUUUGUUAGAGUAGUACAAAAUAUAUAUAUAUAGUGCUUUACUGGGGGAGAUUCCCCCCAUGUUAAUAUUUCAGUAUUGUGACAUCUCUACUUGCAAGAUAUGAGUGAAAGAUUAGUCACAGGUUUGUAAAAAAACAACAACAAAAACUCUUUUGUUAAACCUGGCUUGUAUGUAGUUGCUUUUUACACCAGUUUGUAUAAUGUCGGCUUAAUUUUUUUUAACCAGGAAACCUUUUUCUUCUCGAUCUCCACUGUUGUAGUGUUUCUGUCUGACCACAGAGUAUUUUAUAUUCAUGCUGGUGGUUUGCUCUAUACCCUGAAUGGGUAGCAGAUCAGGGGCUGUUAUGUCAUUCUGCACAUUUUAAAUUUACCUAAUAAUAACGUUUAGCAACAAAUAGAUAUCCAGGGUGCUAAUACGGGAUAAUCAUUUCUGCUGUUUUUUUGUUUCUGGAUGUAGUUCUGUUGGAGUAUAAAGUACUAGGUAUUUGUAAUUUUGCUGUCAAAAUAAUGGACAUAACUUUUAGAGUGUUCACAGCUAAGAUCUCUGUACUUGUUUUUUCAACUAAUUUUAAAUGUACCAUAUCUUUUACUACAUGUUCUCUUAGACUGGUUUUGCUAGUAACCCUAAAAGGCUUUUAUCUCUUUUUUUGGCUUGAACUAAUGCUUUGUAUGGAACUGCAGUACUGUGACUAAACAUGAAGCUCAAUGCUGCUAUUGCUUACUACUGCUUCAACUUUGUAGUUUGAACUUAAUUUUUUCUGUAAUAACUUAUUAAAUCUAGUUGUAUGAA